UAUCGUUGUUUUGAUCCUGACACUCACCGUCUAUUUCUCUCUCGCCAUGUUAUAUUUGUUGAGUCUCAAUUUCCAGGGUAUCAUGCUUCUGCCUCCGCUGAUUUCUCCUCGUCCGAGUUGUGGCUUUUGGACAUGUCCCCUACUAUCACCUACCUACCCAGCAGCUCUUCGUCGCAUACACAUCACUCGGCUGUUCAAUCCCUCGAGGUUGCUGCUCCUGUGCCUGCUCCUUCCGCUACUGGGCCUGCUCCCCCUGGCCCAACUGUGGCCCCCGUCACUCCCCUCUCUGCUUCUACAUCCGAACCAGCCCAGCCUCCACCUCUGGUGCGUUCGCACCCCAUGCAAACACGGGCCCAACGGGGAAUUUUCCGGCCCAAGAAGAGACUUUUUCUUACCCAGAUUUCUGCUGGCCCACCCCCACUGGAGCCCCGUUCGGUUCAGGAGGCCCGUCAAUACAAAGAGUGGGAUGAGGCUUUAUCUGCUGAGAAUGCCGCACUGCUGGCUAAUGACACAUGGGAGCUUGUUCCCCGACUCCCUCAUUACAAUGUUCUUGGUAAUCGCUGGGUGUUUCGUGUUAAGCAUCACUCUGAUGGUUCUAUUGAACGCUUCAAAACACGUCUGGUGGCCAAGGGAUUUCAUCAACGUCCCAGUGUUGAUUUCACUGACACCUUUAGUCCGGUUGUCAAACCGGUCACUGUUCGCACUGUCUUCACAUUGGCUCUCACUCAUGGUUGGUCUAUCUCUCAAUUUGAUGUCAAUAAUGCCUUUCUUCAAGGCCCAUUGGAAGAUGAGGUUUAUAUGGUGCAACCCCCUGGUUUCGUUGAUCCUUCUCGUCCUGAUCAUGUCUGUCGCCUCAAGAAGGCUAUUUAUGGUCUUCGUCAGGCCCCCCGGGCUUGGUACACUACCCUGUGCACCUUUCUCCAGGAGUUUGGGUUUCACAAGACGCAUUCUGAUGCCUCUUUGUUUGUCUAUUCACAUGGGGAGACUCUUCUCUACUUCUUGGUGUAUAUUGAUGAUUUGCUUCUUACUGGCAACGACCCUACGGUGCUCCAUCGGUUUCAGCAGGCUCUUUCCCAUCGUUUUUCGCUCAAGGCUCUUGGUGCUGUUGACUAUUUCUUGGGCAUUGAGGUUAUCCCCACUACCACUGGCUAUAUCCUCUCUCAACAUAAGUAUAUGGUCGACAUUCUCCAUCACUUUCUCAUGACUGAUGCUAAGCCUGUUGACACUCCCAUGGCCGCCUCUACUACUCUCACACUGGCUGAUGGCACUCCUCCCACUGAUGCCACUCGUUUUCGACAGGUUGUUGGUGCUCUUCAAUAUCUUGUCUACACUCGUCCUGACAUCGCCUUUUCCGUGAACAAACUAUCCCAGUACAUGCAUGCCCCCUCCGCACAGCAUUGGCAAUGCGUUAAGCGCCUUCUUCGGUAUAUCUCUGGUACUCUCACCUUUGGUCUUUCUAUUCGCCGUUCUAGUACUCCGUUCACCUUAACGGCUUUCUCUGAUUCGGAUUGGGCUGGCAAUCUUGAUGAUCCCUCCUCCACGUCCGGUUAUCUUAUCUACUUUGGCUCCACACUCAUCUCCUGGCGUUCUCAGAAACAGCGCACGGUAGCUUGAUCAAGCACGGAGGCCGAGUACCGUGCUAUUGCUCAUACUGCGGCCGAAUUAGAGUGGGUUCAAAAUCUUCUUACGGAAUUACGAGUUCCUUUGGUUUCGCCACCCAGGCUUCAUUCGGACAACCUUGGCGCCACCUACUUCAGCUCCAACCUAGUCUUUCAUUCUCGCAUGAAACACUUGGCUUUGGAUUAUCACUUCGUUCGCCAACUCGUCCAGUCCGGCCGCCUCUCUGUCUUCUACAUUCCCACGGUUCAUCAGCUCGCAGACGCUCUCACCAAACCUCUCCCUACCACACGGUUUCUUCUUCUUCGAUUCAAGAUUGGAGUCGUUGACACCUCCUCCAUCUUGCGGGGGCGUAUUAAGGAAAUAUGUAAAUAAAAGUAUUUUUAUUUU